GAGACAGUGUGGUUCUGAAAUGCCAGGCAAAAUGGACUGGAAGGAUAAAAACUAUGUCUUACCACAAGGAUGGAAGACAGUUAUUUUUGUCGAAUAAAGUCUCAACCUUCUCUAUCCAAAGUGCAGCUUUUAAUGACAGUGGCCAGUACCACUGUGCCAUUUCUGGAAAACUUCUUUGGAAUUGGGAAACAACUUCAAAAGCAGUAAAGCUCAAAGUCCAAGAGCUGUUUCCACCUCCUGUGCUGACGGCCAGCUCCUCUCAGCCCACGGAGGGGACCCCAGUGACCCUGACCUGUGAGACCUGGCUUCCUCCUCAGAAAUCAGGCACUGAGCUUCAAUUCUGCUUCUUCAGAGAAGGCCAGGGCCUGGGGCCAGGCUGGAGCAAGUCCCCAGAGCUCCAUAUCCCUACUAUAUGGAGCCAAGACUCAGGGUCUUACUGGUGCGAGGCACAAACAGUGACUCCCAGGGUCAAAAAGCAGAGCCUCAAAUCUCAGAUUGAUGUGCAGAGAGUACCCGUCGCUAACGUGAGCUUAGAAACCCAGCCCCCUGGCGGGCAGGUGAUUGAAGGAGAGACGUUGGUCCUCCUCUGCUCGGUGUCUGAGGGCACAGGAAACAUCACAUUCUCCUGGCACAGAGAGACCACAGAAACCAGUCUGGGAAACAAGACCCAGCGUUCCCUGUCAGCAGAGCUGGAGAUCCUGGCUGUGAAGGACAGUGAUGCUGGCAAGUAUUACUGCAGAGCUGACAAUGGUUACCAGCCCGUCCUGAGUGAGGUGAACAUCACUGUGAGAAUUCCAGUGUCUCGCCCUACCCUUACCAUCAGGGUUUCUGGGGCCCAGGCUAUGGUCGGGGACAUGGUGGAGCUUCACUGUGAGGUCCAGAGAGGCACUCACCCUAUCCUGUACCAGUUCUAUCAAAAGGAUGUCAUCCUGGGGAACAGCUCGGCAUCCUUUGGAGGAGGAGCAUCCUUCAACCUCUCUCUGACCUCAGAGCACUCUGAGAACUACUCCUGUGAGGCUGACAAUGGCCUCAGGGCCCAGCGUAGUCAGGUGGUGACACUCAAUGUCACAGGACCUGAGGGCUACAGAAAAGACCUUGUCAUAGCCGGAACUCUUGGGGGACUCUUUGGUGUUCUUGGUUUUGUUGCUGUUGCCCUACCAUUUUAUUACUGGUACCACAAGACAUCAGGAGGAAGUUCUGCCUCUAAUGUACCCAGAGGUCCUUCCAGCUCAGGCUCUCAAGAGUCCACCCAUUCCAGCCCACUCCCAGCAGUGGGGGAGCUGCAGCCCCUGUAUGCCAAUUGUGAGACCAUCUACUCCAACACACUCACAGUGACAGAGAAAGGGCAGCCAGACUAUGCAAAUGAUGGUGCUGCAGAUAGUGAUGGAGUUUAUUCCCAGAUGUGGAGCAUCCAACAGACAGAAGGCGCAGCAAACACCAGAGGGACAUUUCCAGAGACCAAGGACUCUUCAGUCACCUACGGUAAUGUGAGAAAGACAUAACACUUGGAGGAAUCAGACAGGAACACCAGCAACAAGGAUAGAGUAGCAAUAAAGAUUGCCAUAAAACUUUAUGAAAACAUUCAGGAUGUUCAUAACCAUUAUAGCCAGAUGUGCUUCAGGGACUCUAGGCAAGCCACCUUGUGUCAUCAUUUCUUUUCUCACCAAGUUCCUUCCCCAAUAUCUUCUUUUAUUCAUCAAAUAUUUAUUUGAACUGCUACUGUUUCCCAGACACUGUGUAAGAAAUUAUUUCUGCUAUCCUCUCUUAAGCUAUCAACGCGCAAAGAGCCAAGGAAAGAAGAAUGAACCAGAGAGACAAGUUCUCAUCUUGGCCUACUUUGAAGAGAUGACACAGAAUCUAUUUCUGGGCUAUUUCCCUCCCACAGGAGGACCCAGUCAUCUUUUGUCUUCCCAGGGACCUCAAAGUUAUAAAAUUAUCUUCUGAAAUGAAUUGAAUCCCCUCUUACUUUUGAAAGAUUUUUUGAGUUGGGUUUGAAAGAGGCAACAGCAGCCUGAGUUAGCUUGUCAUAUUGUCCAGGCACUAGAAUGUUCAACUUUACAUCAACUUAAACAAAUUAACAAGGGAUUUUAUGGUUUUUGUUUUUUUUUUUAAUGGAAAGUGUUCUCCUGUGGAUUGACAGUUUAGUUGAGAGAUCAAGAACCCAGCCUUUAGAGACAGCUGCCUGGGCUGGCGUCCCAUCUCUACUCCGUUCGUUUUGUGUCUAUUUCUCCACCAGUCAUGCACUGUCUUAAUUACUGUAGCUACAUAGCAAUCCUUGCCAUCAGGAAGAAUAAAACCUCCCACUUUAUUCUUUUUUCUCACAAUUGUUUUAACUAUCAAAUAGUAAUAAUAUAAUAACAUUUUUUGAAAUCUAAAAAUGAAAUUUGCAUGAAAAUGGCCAAUAAACAAGUAACCAGUUGCUGUUGAGUUGCUUCUGAUUCAUGGUAACCCCAUGUGUGGCACAGUAGAACUGUACUCCAUAGAGUUUUCAAGGCUGUGAUCUCUCAGAAGUAGAUUGCCAGGCCUUUCUUCUGAGACAUCUCUGAAUGGACUUGAACUUCUAAGCUUUUGGUUAGCAGCUGAGUGGGGUAGCCAUUUGCACUACCCAGUGACUCCAGUGGCCAAGAAUAAACCCACUGCCCUCGCGUCGAUUCCAACUCAUAGCGACCCUAUAGGACAGAGUAGAACUACCCCAUAGAGUUUCCAAGGAGCACCUGGUGGAUUUAAACUGCCAACCUCUUAGCAGCCAUAGCACAUAACCAUAAGCCACCAGGGUUUCCAAGACUAGAUAGACCAAAAUAUACACCACACCAAUUGCCUUCAAGUUGACUCCAACUCAUGGUGGCCCCACAUGUGUCACAGUAGAAUUAUGCUCCAUAGGGUUUUCAAUGGCUGAUUUUUUGAAAGUAGAUCACCAUCCAUGUCUUCCCAGGCACCUCUGGGAGGAAUGGAACUUCUAAACUUUUUGUUAGCAAUCAAGUGCGUUGGUUGUUUGUACCACCCAGGAACUCCAGACCAAAAUAGUAGAACAGAAUUGCAGUUGAGAAGAAAAACAGCAGUGACAUUUGUGCACCUUUCACCAGUGAUAAAGUAUCGCAAACCAAGACUGUGAUUUUUUUACCCUCAUGCUAAAUUUCAUUUCUGCUCAUAUCACCAUUAAAAUGACCAAAAAAAAAAAAAAAACACAAAAAUUGGGGAGAAAA